CUAUAUAUGAACUGACGCAACUAGCUUGCGCCUCAGGUGAAUCCGUGGAUAUAAUUCCCGGACGAAAUAACAAUAUAUAGCACAAAGAAAAUGAAUCAUACAGAUACAUAAGAAGGCUUCGCAUUUUCUCUGACGAUGCUGUGUUUGGGUGUAAAUGCAGUCAGGUCGUCGAUAUCUUUACAGAAGCUGUGCAUCUUUUCCCUACUGCACAUGGAGUCGUGGAGGAGAAGUCCAUACAUAGGGACCAUUCGCUGCCUCUCUACUGGACCGCAUUCACCUUCUUCUUCCACAAUGACUGACUCCCCUGAGCGCACUGAGCCAGGACCCAGCAGCAGUACGUCUGCUUGGUCUCCUGACCAGGGUCCACCACCUGCUCCCACACACUGCUGCAUGAGUGGUUGUCACAACUGUGUGUGGAUUGAACAUGCAGAGCAGCUGUUGGCGUACUACCAGCACGAUGGGGGCGACCGGGCGCUCGCUGCUGUGGAGGAGAACGUCCUGGAUGAGAACCUUAAAACCUACCUAAAGAUGGAAAUCAGACUCUUGAAGAAGACAUGAGUGAUGUAUUUACUGCCAGUGGCCUAAACCACAGUGUUGACAGACUGAGUGUAAGCACUUUAUAACACACUCCAGUUAGUGAUCUUACCUCCAUAGUUUCACUUCCAUGUCCUUUGGGUCACACAGUUCGUGUCUGCAGGACAUUUCACAAAAUUGACGCAUGCUACCACGUCUGGCUGGUAAAAAGGAAAGGAAGCUGUUGACUUUAGGAAUCCACCUGCUCUGCCUGAGGAACAUAAAAAUUGAUCUGUUGAUAAUGAACAAACAGGAACGUCAAAGGUUCGUUCUGGUUAAUUACAAUUUGGAUCUUAUGAUGAUAGCUUCAGUUGCUACGGCAAACAUCAGCAGAUGAUCACACAGGUUAGAAAUAAACGGGGCUAAACUACACCAAGAGUGUACGUUAAUAUUUUGUGUCAGCAGAAGUAUUUAAUAUCCAAGCUGUUUCAGCGAUGGAUUUAUUAAUUAUUUUAUUUAAUUAUUAUUUUAGACUAAAACAGUUAAAUUCUGCUGUGUUUACAGAUACAAAUCUUUUUUUUCUGCACAAACGGAAAGAAAGCACCAAUGCUUAAUAAGGCUGCAUUCACCCAGUAUUUAUUAUUACUGACAAUAAUAAUGUCAAAAAAAUGGAGAAAUCCGACCCAGUUUGUUUGAAAAUGGAAGUAUUUCAGCUUAAAUGUCGCUUAAAAUGUAAUCAAACCACUGUUACAUGCGAGGAAUGCCUGAGCUGCUCUCACAUUAGUCUUUGCUUUAGUUCAUAAGGUGCAUGGAGUCACUGGGUUUCUGAAAGUACGUGAUCAGUACGUUAAAUGUGAUUUUUGCUGUUGUCACGAUAAGAAAAUGAACAGCUUGUGUCUUUGGAUUAGAAAAUCACCAGAUUUGAUUUUUACUUUUUUAAUAUAAUUCAUUGUCAUUGUUUUUUGAUUCAUCAGUUUGUUUGAAGUUUUAACUCAACUAUUAAGAGUAUAUUUUUUUGUCAUUUGUGUCAUUAUAUUUAAGAGUAUAUUUAAAUUAUGUAUUUGAAAUGUAUUUAAGACCUGUUUGUUAAAUAAAUGUGGAAC